UUUGUGAAAGGAAGGGAGGAGGGCCCCAGACAGACAGCGUGGCUGCCCUUUUUGUCGCAGUAACACACAACUUGUCCCGGUCGGACCAGCACAACAGCUGCUCACAACAACCCCCCCUCAGGUGGAGCCCUUCCGGCCGAGCAUGGAAGACUCUUCCAGCCUUCUGUCACGGUAAAAACCCGACUGUCGGCGACGCGGGAGCGGGUUUGUGUCGCAGAAGCCGACAGACGGAUCACCGCUCGGMCGGCGCCGGGAGCCACCAACCCCGGCCGCUGGGAACCGGAGGGGUCGGCUAGCGGGAAGCUAACUGUCAACACCUGGUGGGGAGGGAAGCCUUUUCGGUCCACCGUCCUCAAACAGCUUUGACACCCAAGGCAGCGGUGGCAACGUGAAGAUGGAUGGAAACGUGAAGGGUGGAACUGUCACUUCAUCCAAAUAGGAGGGCGUUUGUCAAAGGUUGUGCUCUGCCGCUUAACUGUGUAACUGAGCUGAGAGACUGAGAGGAAGAUGCCUCCCAGACCAUCCUCAGGGGAGCUAUGGGGCAUCCACCUGAUGCCUCCAAGAAUUUUGGUGGACUGCCUGCUGCCCAAUGGGAUGAUUCUGAUCCUGGAGUGUCUCCGUGAAGCCACGCUCAAUACCAUCAAACACGAUCUGUUCAAGGAGGCCAGAAAAUAUCCUCUCCAUCACCUCCURCAGGAGGAGACGUCCUACAUCUUUGUCAGUGUUACACAGGAAGCAGAGCGGGAGGAGUUCUAUGAUGAGACCCGAAGGCUGUGUGACCUCCGGCUCUUCCAGCCUUUCCUCAAAGUCAUCGAACCAGUUGGGAACAGGGAGGAAAAGAUCUUAAACAGAGAAAUUGGUUUUGCGAUAGGCAUGCCCGUCUGCGAGUUUGACCUCGUGAAGGAUCCUGAGGUUCAGGACUUCAGGAGAAACAUACUGAAUGUUUGUAAAGACUCGGUGGAGCUGAGGGAUGCCAGCGGUCCUCACAGCAGAGCGCUGUACGUUUACCCACCCAAUGUAGAAUCGACACAGGAGCUUCCAAAACACAUCUAUAGCAAACUUGACAAAGGUCAGAUUAUUGUUGUAAUAUGGGUGAUUGUUUCUCCAAACAACGACAAGCAAAAGUAUACGCUGAAGAUCAACCAUGAUUGUGUGCCUGAACAGGUGAUCGCAGAGGCAAUUCGCAAGAAGACACGCAGCAUGCUGCUGUCCCCAGAGCAGCUAAAGAUGUGUGUUCAGGAAUAUCAGGGGAAAUACAUCCUCAAAGUUUGUGGCUGCGAUGAGUACCUGCUGGAGAAGCAUCCCAUAAGCCAGUACAAGUACAUUCGUAGUUGCAUCAUGCUGAGCAGGCUGCCCAACCUGAUGCUCAUGGCUAAAGACAGCCUGUACACCCAGUUGCCUAUAGAUAACUUUGUCAUGCCAUCGUACUCUCGCCGUAUCUCCACCGCGACAUCAUACAUGAACGGCGAGGCAUCUUCCAAGUCGCUGUGGACCAUCAACGGAACCCUACGGAUUCGAAUCCUUUGUGCCACCUAUGUUAACGUGAAUAUACGGGACAUAGAUAAGGUGGAACGAGUGGCUCACCUAUGACAUGUACAUCCCUGACAUCCCUCGAGCUGCCCGACUCUGCCUCUCCAUCUGCUCAGUGAAGGGCAGAAAGGGAGCCAAAGAAGAACACUGUCCACUAGCUUGGGGUAACAUCAAUCUGUUUGAUUACACCCACACUUUGGUGGCCAACAAGAUGGCUCUGAACCUCUGGCCCGUCCCUCAUGGACUUGAAGACCUGCUCAACCCUAUAGGAGUCACUGGUUCCAACCCCAAUAAGGAAACGCCAUGCCUGGAGCUGGAGUUUGACCACUUCAGCAGUCCAGUCAAAUACCCAGAAAUGAAUGCAGUGGAAGAUCACGCAGCAAUCGUGUGGCCAGAGAUCACGCCCUGACAGAGACUGACACUGAGCAGCUGAGACAGUUGAGUAACAGGGACCCUCUGUCAGAAAUCACUGAGCAGGAGAAAGAUUUUCUCUGGAGGCACAGAUGUAUUGCCUGUUAAAGGAAUGGCCGUCUAUCCGGCCGGAGCAGGCCAUGGAGCUGUUGGAUUGUAACUAUCCAGACCCCAUGGUCAGGCACUUUGCUGUCCGCUGCCUUGACAAAUACUUGACGGAUGACAAACUGUCGCAGUACCUCAUCCAGCUUGUACAGGUAUUAAAAUAUGAGCAGUACCUUGACAAUCCUCUGGCACGUUUCCUCCUCAAAAAAGCCCUGACCAAUCAAAGGAUCGGACAUUUCUUCUUCUGGCAUCUGAAGUCAGAAAUGCACAAUAAAACUGUGAGCCAGAGGUUUGGGCUGCUGUUGGAGUCUUACUGCAGAGCCUGCGGCAUGUACCUGAAACACCUGAGCAGGCAGGUAGAGGCCAUGGAGAAGCUCAUCAACCUCACUGACAUCCUCAAACAAGAGAAAAAAGAUGAAACACAAAAGGUCCAGAUGCGGUUUCUUGUGGAGCAGAUGAAGAAAACAGAUUACAUGGAUGCUCUGCAGAACUUCACCUCUCCUCUCAACCCUGCACAUCAGCUGGGGAAUCUGAGGUUAGAUGAAUGCAGGAUCAUGUCAUCAGCAAAGAGGCCCUUGUGGCUCAACUGGGAGAAUCCUGACAUCAUGUCAGAGUUACUUUUUCAAAACAAUGAGAUCAUCUUCAAAAAUGGAGAUGAUUUGCGCCAGGAUAUGUUGACGUUGCAGAUAAUUAAAAUCAUGGAGAACAUUUGGCAGAAUCAGGGCCUGGACCUACGGAUGUUGCCCUAUGGCUGUUUGUCACUGGGAGACUGCGUAGGUCUUAUUGAGGCGGUUCGAAACUCCCACACCAUCAUGCAGAUUCAGUGUAAAGGAGGUUUGAAAGGAGCCCUGCAGUUCAACUCUAACACUCUGCAUCAGUGGCUCAAGGACAAAAACAAGGGAGAGAUGUAUGACAUGGCUGUGGAUCUGUUUACAAGGUCCUGUGCUGGCUACUGUGUAGCUACAUUUAUCCUGGGGAUAGGAGACAGRCACAACAGCAACAUCAUGGUCAAAGAUGAUGGACAGUUGUUUCAUAUAGAUUUUGGGCAUUUCCUGGAUCACAAGAAGAAGAAGUUUGGCUAUAAGAGGGAGCGGGUACCCUUUGUACUGACACAGGACUUCCUCAUCGUGAUCAGCAAGGGAUCCCAGGAGUGCGCCAAGACCAAAGAGUUUGAGAGGUUCCAGGAGAUGUGUUACAAAGCUUACCUGGCCAUUCGCCAACACGCCAACCUCUUCAUUAACCUGUUCUCCAUGAUGCUCRGCUCCGGCAUGCCUGAGCUGCAGUCCUUCGACGACAUCGCCUACAUCCGAAAGACGCUGGCUCUGGAGAAGAGUGAGCAGGAGGCCUUGGACUACUUYAUGAAGCAGAUGAACGAUGCUCACCAUGGUGGUUGGACCACCAAGAUGGACUGGAUUUUCCACACGAUUCGACAACAUGCACUAAACUAAUUCCUCAAACUCAAACAGAAUCUACUUGUUCCAUCGUGGAGGAUUUGUUACUCAAAUUUCACUCCUUCUGAAGCAAAUGGAAGUUCUCGCCUCCUCAUUUUGAAGCACUUUYGUUUUUUAUUUUUUUUCAACGUUCUCUGAUUUUCUACAUAUUUUUUUUCUGUCUGCCUUCCUGCAAGAUCCUGACAAUAUCCUUACACGAUCCACCUCUUGUCUGAAUCGGAGCAUUUUCCCAUCUUGAUCCUGUGGAAAACGGUCAAACCUGGAUGAUGCUUCGGUCUCUGCCUAGUUUUUAUUUUCACUCGAACAACCAAGUAACAAGCAGUCCCUCACGUUGCUGCUCCUUAAAUAAAAAAUGGCUUUAAAAGGAGCCACGUCUGCCAAGGUACUGUCGUCGCUACAAAGUCGAUUUUAUUUGCUCCCCUUCAGUCGUAUUCGUGCUGCACUUUUGCUCGAGGAGAAGAAGAAGAAGGGAACAAGGAGCUGUCUGAGUCCUUUUAUGCGACGCACCCGUCGCUCUGAUUUGGUCUGUGUUGCUUUUAUAAAGUCUUCCACCGUCUGUGAGAAGAUGACCUCCGCAGAAGAUUUGGCCUCAGCUUUUUCCUACUCAUGAAGGCUGAAGAUGUUUUAUUUUGAGCCUCACCAAGUCAGCACUCCACUUUYGGGAACACUGACGUUGUGUUCUUAGACUCUGGUUGAUGAUGCCUUUCUGUCCAAAACAGCACUUAAAAAAAAAAGAAAAUAUUAGAGAAGCAAACAGAUUUAUUAUGACUUUUUACAUUUAUUUAUGUAUCUACUU